AUGCCUGCCGGUAAAGCAAACGAAACAGGCAGUUAUGAUCCUAAAGAUGUGCCUCACGGCCAUUGGGACUCAUUCCCCAAGGAGCCUUUCCCCAUGUACGAUGGAACGAAGUCCAUUAUCUACCGAUCAAAAGACGGGAAAGUGGUUUUUGGAAUGCUGCGGGAAGUGGGAAAAGAUACCCUCGUUUGGCCGGUGGAUGAAUGCCUCUUUGUGACGAAUGGUUGGAUUCGAAUCGACGUGGAGGGCGGUGAAAAGUUCAUUUUGAAUAAGGGAGAAGUGAUGGUUAUGCAAAAGGGUCAAAAGAUUACUUUUGAAUACUUCGCAAAUGUCGCAGUCUUCAUCGAUCAGGAAAAGCCCGUAGAGCUCGUAUAA